CACGCACUUGACCAAUUGCGCCGCGCAGGAGUCCUGAUGGAUCGUUUGAAUUCGGCGAUCCUCUCCGGGUAGAUGUGGUACAGUACAGUGGGUAGUUGUAGUGAAGGGCUCUGUGCGUGAGUGUGUUCGUGUGCGCGUUUGUGUGAAUGUGCACUCCUAGAAUAGAAAAGCCAGAGCAAGAAGGAGAAGAAGGAGAAGAAGAGAGGCGGGAUCGGUUUAUGCCUUGGUGAAAUCCAGGGUGAAGCACAUAGAUCGUCUGUAACAGAUCGAUCAGCAGUUCGCGUUCCCUUUGAGGAUUUGAUGGAUGUUUGAUCAGUGGAUGUGAUGCCCAUAUAUAUCAUCGACCGAAAAUUUCCCGACACAUCUGGUGAGUUGAUACAGCCGGCAGCUGAAGGAGGAGCCCUGAGAAUGACAGAGACCAACCCCCCUAAGUCGGCUAAGAAGCCCCGCUGGACCUCCCUGGAGAUCGGCCUCAUCACUAUCGUCUCCUUGCUCUUCAUCGUCAUCAUUGCCCUCAUCAUCCUGUUUGCCACACAGAAGAGUGAUGAAAUCUGCACCACAGCUGACUGCACGCAGUCAGCGUCUCGUCUCAUUGAGAACAUGGAUGCUAGCGUGGACCCUUGUGACAACUUCUACCAGUAUGCCUGCGGAGGUUGGCUUAAAAAGAACAUCAUCCCAGAGACCAGCUCUAGAUACAGCACCUUUGACAUCUUACGAGACGAACUGGAGGUCAUCCUCAAAGGUGUCCUUGAAAAAAUGGUGGAAGGGGAAGCCGCUGCUCUCACCAAGGCUAAGACCCUUUACAAGUCCUGUACCAAUGAGAGUUUGAUUGAGCUCAGAGGAGGAGCUCCUUUGCUCGACAUGCUGCCUGAUGUGUUUGAGUGGCCCAUAGCUGUGGACAACUGGGAAACCAACUUUGGUAAAACCUGGAGGCUGGAGGACGUCAUCGCCAAGCUGAAUGAGAAAUAUGGAACUCAACUCUUGGUUAACUUUUUUGUCGGCACCGAUGACAGGGACUCCAAUUCACACAUCAUUCAUUUUGACCAGCAGACAAGCCUAGGCCUUUUGUCCAGAGAUUACUACGCCUGCACCGGACCCUAUGCAGAGGCAUGUCGGGCCUAUGAGCAGUUCAUGAUUGACCUGGCUAAGCUGAUCCGCACGGACCGGAGUUUGGCCAUCAAUGAAACCCGCAUCAGAGAGGAGGUGACACGAGUUAUGGACCUGGAGAGGGACAUCGCCAACGCUACUGAUACUCCAGAGGACCGUAACAACCCAGUGUUGCUUUACAACAAGAUGGAACUGCGCGAUCUGAACGCCAACUUCACCCUUGAGGUUGAAUCACAGGCAUUUGACUGGAGUUACUUCACAGCUAAGAUAAUGGAUACCGUGAACAUCAGCGUUCCUGACACAGAGAAGGUCAUAAACUACUCCCCUAACUAUUACAGACGACUCAACCUUAUAUUGGCCAGAUACACCAAGAGGGAUCUGCAGAACUACAUGGUGUGGCGUUUUGCUAUGAACAUGGUGGUUGGCCUGAGCAGAUCUUACAGGGACACCAGGAAAGCCUUCCGCAAGGCUCUGUCUGGUACAACGUCAGAGGCAGCAGUGUGGCGACAGUGUGCACUUUAUGUCAACAACAACAUGGACAAUGCUGUUGGACGACUGUAUGUGCAGGAGGCUUUCUCUGAAAAGAGCAAAGAACUGAUGGAAGAGAUGAUUAAAGAUAUUCGGGAAGUCUUCAUUAGUAACCUCAAUGACCUGACUUGGAUGGAUGCAGAGACAAAGAAAGCAGCUGAGGAGAAGGCCCGAGCUAUUCGAGAACGGAUCGGCUAUUCUGACAAAAUCAUGGAUGACAAAUACCUUAACAAUGAGUACAAAGAUCUGAGCUACAAUGCAGAGGAGUACUUUGAAAACAUCCUACAGAACCUGGAGUAUGUACAGAAGAAACGCCUGCGGAAACUCAGAGUCAAAGUCAACAAAGAGGAGUGGGUGACUGGAGCUGCUGUUGUCAAUGCCUUCUACUCCUCCAGCAAAAACCAAAUAGUGUUCCCUGCAGGUAUCCUCCAACCACCUUUCUUCAGCAAAGGCCAGGCUAAAUCUCUCAACUAUGGUGGCAUCGGCAUGGUAAUAGGUCACGAGAUCACACAUGGCUUUGAUGACAAUGGCCGUAACUAUGAUAAGGAUGGUGACCUGAAGGACUGGUGGACACCAGACUCCACUCAGAGGUUCCUGGAGCUGUCAAAGUGCAUUGUCGAUCAGUAUGGCAACUUCUCUUGGGACCUGGCCAAUGGACUCAAUUUAAAUGGUAAUAACACUCUUGGGGAGAACAUUGCAGACAACGGAGGGAUAAGGCAAGCAUAUCAGGCCUACAAGAACUACGCGAAGGAGCAUGGAGAGGAGCCACCACUGCCUGGCAUUGACCUUUCCCAUGAUCAACUUUUCUUCCUAAACUUUGCUCAGGUGUGGUGUGGAACACACAGACCAGAGCAAGCUGUUAAUUCCAUUAAAGUAGAUGUACACAGUCCAGGGAAGUUCAGGGUACUGGGCUCCCUUCAGAAUUUCCCAGAAUUUGCCAAAGCAUUCAACUGCAACAAGGGCAACUACAUGGUCCCAGACAACAUCUGCCGUGUGUGGUGAUCCACAGACCUCUAGGAAGGGGGACUGUUCUGAUGUGGGUCGUCCCUGUCCCCCGUGCAGUACCUCUCCCCUUUGAUUGCUGGAGCACUCGUGGUUGGCUACAGGGAAGUGACAACUCCCCUUGGCUCUUUACUGGAUGGACCAGGGCUGGUGGACUGACACUGCAGUAUGCACUUCCUCCGAGGACAACAGCGGACUGUUCCCUCACGGACAGACGGAGAACUGUCUCUCCGAUUCUGAUACUGUAGUUCAUUCAAUCAGUCUGAUUAUUCUGCUACUCACUGGAUACAAUCACUCCUCGUGUUUUAUUUUUCUCUUCAUUUUCAUCUUGUUUUACUCAUCAUUUGUGAGUUUGCCAAUGUGUAUGUGAGUGUGUGUGUGUGAGUUUGUUUCAGUCAAAAUACUGUAAAAGUAGUUGGCAAGAGAGGGGCAGACAGACAAAUGUGCUCAAACCCACUGGCAUAUGAAUACACCAAGCACCCACUCACACUCAUACACAUGGAACAGGGCUGAAGCACUGUACUGUAUGUGGGACUGAGCUGUAUGCCUCUCAUAAAACCUCAGCUGGUUUCAGCCUUCAUCUACACAUUGGCACACUCUACAAUGUACUUGUAUUGUACUCUUUGUUAAUACUUAGAACUAGAUUAGGUAAAUUAUUACAGAAAAUCAGAAUUUAUUUUGUUGAAUAGACCAGUAAGUAUUUAAUCGUGAUCACAUAUUACACAAUACUGUUCAUUUAAUGUUAAUGACUUAACUGCAGUUGACAGGCAGCUGCUGUUCAUUAGCAGUAUGUCAAAUAAACCAAAAGGAAUUUUUUUGCCAUUAAGAUGACAGCUGGUCAUGAAUCAUUGAGCUGACAAUCGACAGACACCGGACCCUUUUUAUAUGUUCACUGAGCCUUCUGUGUGUUUCUGUAUGGAUGUAUGUCUCAAUGUGUUUUCCAGUCUUUGCAAGUCAUUAUGAUCGCUGUCUAUCGGUUUGUCAAGCAAAUUGGUAUGCCUUACAUUAUCUGUUGUGCUACUGUGUGUGAGAAUAGAGAGACUACUUUGUCUUUUUUGCUUUCUUGCCAAGGGUUAGAUGAGAAGACCCAUGCUCUCUUGCAUGUAUGCUAAAGCCAAGAGCCAGUUACCUUAGCUUAGCAUAAAGACUGGAAACAGCUAGCCUGACUCUGGCCAAAGGGGGGAAAAAAAAGUUUUCUACCAGCACCUCUAAAGCUCACUAAUCAACACCUUGCACCCUGUUUGCUUAAUCAGUAUAAAAACCAAAGUGUAGAAACACCUUCAUGGAGUCUCUGCUAGGUACAUGGCCACCUAACAGUAAUUACAAGACUCCAGGACUUGGAGUUUUUACACUUAAAUCUUUGUGUCUAUGCGUUGAAAAACCAAAACUUAACGUGUUAAUUUGUGAGCUUUAAAUGUGCUGUGUUGAUUGGUAAUUAUUUUCUAUUCUUUUUUUUCUGCUUUUUUAACCUUUGGACAGAGCCGUGCUAGCUGUUUCAGUCUUUAUGCUAACCUAAGAUAACCUUCUCCUGGCUUUAUAUUUAAUGGAUAUGAGAGUGGUAUUCGAUCAAACUCCACCUCGAGUAAGUGAAUAAGCUUAUUUCAAAAAAUGUUGAACUAUUCUUAUAAGAAAGCUGAUUUCUGUUUGAUCUUGGUCUAAUCACAUGAAGUGCGCUGUUUUACCCAUCUUUUCGUUUAAUGAUUCUUUUACACACUGAAGCAGAAGUCAGUUGGCACAUGAUAAUAUAAUUAAGCUCUUAAAGGGAUCGUUAUCUUAUCUAUUUUAAAACGGAGUCUAUGCUGGAGCCUAAUGAACUUUGCAAAAGUGCAUGCAUUUUUAUGAAUGCUGAAGGUUUUAUGAAGUCAGUGAAUUCCAAUUCACUGUUUUAUAUGGCUUUAUUUUCUACAUACAAAAUGUAUCUGAAGCUGUGAUACAAGGUUGUUAAUUGUGGAAAAUUUUGCCUUUACCUUUUUAUAUAGAAAUUAGUGCAAUGAAUGAUGUGCUAUGAUCAUGCAGACCACUUCUUUAGACUGUAUACAACAUACUCCAUGUUCAGCCUUUAUGCAUUGUUGUUUCCUUUUUUUUUGUUGUCAUCAUUGUUUGUGCAAACUUUCUGUCUCUCUGUCACUGUCGCUCACUCCCUCAGGCUUUCUUUCUUUUUGCGUCUCUCACACACUCCACCUGUAGAAAGACAGAUAUACCUCAGUUGCCUGUAUUUAGAUACUUUAUAAUAAUGACUGAUAAUCAUCUUGAGGAGCAUUUUUUUCUUUCAAAAUAAAUCUUUAAAUAACACACUGA